AUGCGGCAACAUCGAGGCACACUUGUCUGUGUGGUGCUCAAAGGAAAACACCUAGUGCUCAAACGUGUCCAAGAUUCUCAGGACCCCGUCGCUGAAGUGUGCGUCGAUGGCGUUCGUCUUCGCACACUCCCGGACCGUCGCGCUGGCACAAGUCCUUUGUGGGAUGAGCAAAUGCACUUUGAAAUUUAUGAAGAUGACGACAGCGACAUCGACGCACUCCACCCCCUAAGCGAGCAUGACUACCGUACGGCACUUCCCUCAACCGGCUCCUUGCCCAAAGUUCACACGCUCGAACUAAUUUGCUACGCUACAGACAAGGAACCCGACUAUAUUGGACAUGCCACUCUCGACCUGUCGACGGCUCUCAGCCGUGGCGAGCAUGAUCAGUGGCUCAUCCUCACCAACCAAGGCCGUGUCACGGGGCAAGUGUAUGUGGAGCUCACGUACUACAUGCUCGAGCUCCCACCCAAAAGAGCCUCGUAUCAGGUGUCACCUCGAUACACGCCUCCUCCUCCUCCUCCUCCUCCUCCUCCUCUCUCCGCUGCUUCAACACCAAAGCCCAUUUCGCCCCUGCAUGCUCGCACAGUGUCGCUGGACGACACCCGCUUCCCCUUCCACAGGUCUAUACCCUCGGUCCCACAACCCCCUCGGCGUCCACAGCACAGCCGCGUCGCAAGCGAUGCACAUGCAGCCAUGAUCGCAGCCCAGGCCCUUUCUUCCCCACGCCGCGAACAGUAUCGGACCAUGUCGGCACACGAGCUCAUAUACGGUCCUGCAUGUUCUGCAGGUCUUGGCCCUACGAACCCCACGAGCCCCGCCAGCCCGGCCGCUCCAGCAGGUCCCUCGGGCCAGCAUCGCCGUCCUUUGCCACAAACGCCCGAUAAAGCGUCCAUGCCGACAUCCCUCUCACUGCCAGCUCUACACGGCUCGCCCACAUCCAUGUCCUCGACACCUACGCCUCCUAAGGCGCGCGUCAGAUUCGUCGCACCUAUACCCCCGCUCAUAUCGACAUCGAUGACAUCACCACAUUCGCCUACCUCCUCAUCAUCAUCGACGCCUCGGCCCCCCACAUAG